UCUGUGAGAAUGCCCGUGUUUUACUGACAGAAUUGAUACGGGCUCAACUGACAUGGAGGCCCGGUUUUGUGAAUGAGGCCCAGUCCGACCUGACUCGGCUCGGCUCCGAUAAAGGAAGCCCAGAAAGACUGUUUUGCGAAGAGGGAAAUACAAGGACAGCGACCGCUGGGAGAGAAAGAAAAGGGAGAAGGAGACAGAGAAAGCGAGGAGAGAUCCAUUUCGGAACUCAGUUGAUUCAACGACGUCGCCGCCAUUUUGUUGUCACUUCGUGUUUUUAAUAUUGUUAUAUUUUUAUUAUUAUUAUUAUCGUCAUCAUUAUUAUUAAUAUUUUAAACCAUCAAGAAAACCGUAACCGUUUUCAGCGAUUAUAAAACUAAGAGUGUAUUUUUGUGUGACUAGUUUGUUUGUGAGCUGCACACAUUAGCUAUUCACGCAUAAAUAUAUUGUAGCUAGUAAGCUAGUAGCAGUGAGCUAUAAAAUAACAAAAUGCAAUAGCAUGGUACUAUUUGCUAGCCACCUAGCUAGCUAGCUAGAAUACGAAACGGUGUAGACUGGCACAUAGAGGCUCACAUAGUGAACUUAACGUAGCAAACCAACUACGCCAGCAUGAGAAAUUGAUACAGUGUACUCCGCUAGGUUACUGCGAAAGAUACAAAAUAAACAUCAGCGAUAUAGCUAGGUAGCUAUUCUGGCAAAUCACUCAAUGAAUUGCAGCUAGCUAUCUAGUGAGCGCACAGGAGCGCACACCACGAUAUAUUGUAUCUUAAGGCAAUUAUAACGACUUGUUUUUUUGCUUUAAUAAUAGUUUUUUAUGACAAUAUAACAAUACUGAACAAAUUUCACGUUGUCUUAACGACCUGCUUUUUUAGGGGAAUGCCUAUUUGUAUUUUUCUGUUUCGACGACGUUUUUUGGAAUGUGUGCGUGGCCGAACCCUUCACUACCCCGAGGUCUAACGGUGGUCGUAUUCUAUGUCAAGGUUGUGGGGGUAGCCAGCUAGUUGUUUUUUUUAUUAUAGGUUUCAUUUUCAUUAUAAAUAGCUGUCAUUAUCCAUACGCAUACAUAGCUAUAUUCUUUUUUCCAUAUCCGGAGCCAUCAGAGUUCAUUGCUUUCUCAGAUUGAGACUGUUCCGAUAAUUUUGACAUUUUGAAUCUGCAAAAAUUGACGGGACAUAAAAUACAUUCUUCACCAUGUUAAUACGCAAGAAGGGUGGAUUUCAAUCCAAAUGAUGUGAACACCGUCUUUGGACUCGCACCUUGCCGGAAAGAGGGAGACAGAAGACAGGUCGGUUGAAGCUGGACUGAAGGACAGCCACUCAAGCGGGAUCGUUUUUCUGACUGCCCCCAGUCCCCCUCCCCUUUUCCCUGGUCCCCUUCUCCCUGGCCCUUCAGCCUUCCCUAAAAACUGUGCCCCCCGCCCCACACACCACCCCCCCCACAUCUCUGAUGGAUCAGAGAACUCAGGGGGGGCCAGCCACACCUCCCCCCCUCCCCGCCGUCACCCCUCCCGGGGAGUCGGACAAGGAGGGAGGGGGUGGGAAAAACGAGGAGGAGAAACGGGAGAAGGAGAGAGAAGGAGGCGCACCGGAGGCCCCCGCCGGCGGGAACGGACCCGGCGGGGACCAGCAGCAGUUUUCGGUCACGGAGACGACCUUCUCAGAGGGCAACGUCAAGCUCAAGAUCGGCCUGCAGGCCAAACGCAUGAAGAAGCCGCCCAAGAUCCUGGAGAACUACGUGUGCCGGCCGGCCAUCCGGACCUCCGUCAGACAGGGCCGGGGCGGGCGGGGCAGCCGCGGGGGCGCGGCUAGUAACCACGUGAACAGCCCCUCCCACGACAAAGACAGAGACAGAGACAGGGAGAGGAGCCCAGCUCUGACCCCCAGCACUAACCCGCCCCCGCCCCCUCCCCCCACGGCUGCUCCCCCAACUCCACCUCCACCUCCGCCACCUGCUCCUCCUGCCUCGCCCCCCCCUCCCACCCCUGUCACUGGGAGCACGCCCAGCAAGAGGGGUCCCCCAAAAUUGGCUCGGAAGUCAGAGGUGAAAUCAGACACCUCAGCGGAGAGACCAGUGAACCUUCACCGCUCUGAUACAGACGUCAAACUGCCCCGUCCUGGAAAGAAGAGCCCCUCUCCCCCAACCAAUCGGCCCCCUUCCUCUUCCCCCACACCCCCACCCCCACCCCCCUCAACACAGGACUGCAAUACCGAAGGAGCCUCCAGAAGGCCACAGUCCCCGCAUGGCGACGGCCAGAGGGAGAAGGACCGGGGCAUCCUAAAUGGGGGGGCGCCCACAGUCACAGAGAAACUGGCCCAGCUCAUUGCUACCUGCCCCCCCUCCAAAUCCACUAAGGCCAAGAUCCGCAAAACCCCCUCCACGGCCAUCCUCAGCAGUGCGAACGCAAGUGCGGCUGUCGUUUCUCCGAGCCCAUCGCGGCCAGAGCCUCUGCCGCCAAACAGAGCAGCAGCAUCCUCUCCGCCUUCCAACCCCCAGCCGCCCCACCCUCCCACUCCCGUCUCCCGGCCCCCCGGCCGCCCCCGACACAGGGACAGCGUUCUGGAGAAGUUCUCUACCCCUCCUAAGAAGGAGGAGACGGGCAGUGAAGGCAAGGGUGGAAACAGCAGUAACGGUAGCACUACAAGCUCAAACGGGGCUAACGGCUCCGCCACCACAACCAGCAACAGCAUCAAACAGCAGACGCAUCUCACCUGCCCACCUCUGCCCGCCCCUCCACCCACGCCUCCGUCGGAUCAGAGGGCAGGGGGGGCUCCAGAUGGUAGACGUGGCCCGGCAACCUCCCCUGGCAGCCUGUCGAAGGGAGGUCCUGGCCAAUCGGAGGGUGGCGACAGGGAACGGGAACGAGAUAGAGACAAAGAAGGUCCCAGGGACCUGAGCCUGAACAAAUGCCCCCCUCCCUCAGGACCUGCCAGGCAGGAGAGCAGCACUAAAGGGACACUAAUGUCUUCUAGCGGGCAGAGCAGGAAGACCGCCAGCCCUGCCAAGCCCAGCCCGAGUCGGGACAGAGGUCCCAGUGCAGCGGCCCCUUUAGAUUCCACGAGACACGAGACUGCCUCCCCUACCCAUCCGCCCACCUCCGGCAGUCCCGCCCCGUGCCCAAACAGUGCGCCCAGCUCUCCCCCCAGCUCCCCCCCGGAGCAGGACUGUAAGCCCCUGAAGAAACGAAAGGGGCGCCGCCCCCGUUGGACGCGGGUGGUUAAUCGGACACACAAAGUGACGCAGGGCAAGGAGGCCCCCUCGAUUGCCACCACUAAUUAUGCCGAGCAACAGACUCCUAAAUUGCGCAAAACCCCCUUAUCGCCACCCACUGCCUUGCCUUCUCCACCACAUAAGCCCAGACCGGUGGGGCGGCCCCCUAACCCAAAUCGGGUUCCCCCCGCUGCCUCCCAGCUUCUCCAAAAUCCUCCCAGGAAGAGGGGCCGCCCCAAAUCCAAGAUGCCCCGGCUGGACGCCCCUGUCCCUCGCCGCCCUCUGAAAUUACCCCCAUCCAAGGUGUACUCUCUGCUCAAAUCCAAAGAGGAGGAUCCUCCAGUCUUGCACCCAGAAGUGGACUUGAAUCCUCCCAAGCCCUUGCCCAGAAAGCGCGGCCGCCCCAAACGCUUGCCCCCCACCCUGCCUCAGGAGACCCAGCCCCCGACUCUAGCCCCUGAGGAGCAGGGAGGGGGCGGGUUUACAGUGGGGGAGGGACAAGGGGACAGGCAUUUCCGCAAGAAGGGCAAUGGGCAGCUCAUGAUGAGAACCAUCAUUCACAAGAUCAACAAGAUGAAGACUAAGAAGCGCAAGAGGCUCCUGAACCAGAUCCUGCUGGGCCCCGGGGCCGGAGGCGGGGCCAGAGACGAGGCGGAGUCCUCUCGGGUGCCGGGCGGAAGCGUGAUUGGGACAGUUGCAGCUGCGACGCAGUCCUUAUCGUCCCUGGCUGCCUCGUUCGGAGGCAAACUGGGGCCGCAAAUUAACGUCAGCAAGAAAGGGACGAUAUACAUGGGCAAAAGGAGGGGGCGGAAGCCGAAAGCUUUGACUAAUGCCUCUGCCAAUGCCCCUGCUGCUCCCCCCGAACCCUUCCUCUCCCCGGCCUCUGCCUCGCCCCUCCACCUCCACCCAUCCCAGUCCCUCCAUUCUCAGCAGCAGUUAUCCUCGUCGGAGGUCUUUCCCUCCCCAACUCUGUCCCAGUCCAGCAGGGCCCAGAGUCCCAUCAGCGACGCUGGCUUUGUGGAACCGGGCGCCGUGCACUUCACGCCGCACCCCCACUGCAGCCACGUCCACCACGCCCACCAUGCCUUCCCCCUCCCUCCGCCCUCCUCCCCAGGCCUCUCUCCCCGCCCACUCGCACCCCUGGGGUCGCUGCUGAAGAAGUCCUCGUGCCGCGGCCAUCACCACCCCCACUACCGCCAUCAGUACCAUUACCGCAAGCUGUCCCCUCCUCCGCCGCUGCUGCCUACCUCGCCCGCGCACCUGAGCGAGCUGAAGGAGGCCACGCCCUCACCCGUCAGCGAGUCGCACAGCGAGGAGACGGUGCCUAGCGACAGCGGCAUAGGCACAGAUAACAACAGCACCUCCGACCGGGGGGAGAAAGGAGGGGUGGGGAUUGUGGGCAUUGCCCAGGGAAUGCCAGUGGGCAUGGCGAUGGCCGGGGUGGUGGGACCAGUCACAGGGGUGGGCCUGGGGGUCAGUCCUCGGGGGCGACGAAGGCACUCUACCUCGGCGCUGCUAGACCACCCCUCGCCCUCUCCCUCCCCCCUGGGCCUUGGGACGUCGCCCGAUCCCUGCCGGAACCACGCGCCGCCCCCGCCAUCGGCGCUGGUGGGCCACAAGGAGAAGCACAAGCAUAAGUGCAAGCGCCGCGGUCACAACUGCCCCGGGUACGACAAGCUGAAGCGGCAGAAGCGCAAGCGCAAGAAGAAGUACCUGCAGCUGCGGUCCCGCAGGCAGGACCCGGACUUCCUGGCCGAGCUGGAGGAGCUCAUCAUCCGGCUGAGCCAGAUCCGGAUAGCCCACCGGAGCUCGGGAGCGGGGAUGGGCAGCGGGUUAGGGCUGGGGGGCACGGGGGCUGGCGGCGUGACAGGAGGGACAGGCAUGGGUGGGGGCAGCAGCAUGGGAAGCAGCGGUCACCCUCCCCCACAUCACUACCUGCACCGAGACCUCCUCCCCACCAUCUUCAGGAUCAACUUCAGCGGGUACUACUCCCCGCACCCGGCCUACCCGUGCGACUCCCUGCACUACGUCCGCAAGCCGGACCUGAAGAAGAAGCGCGGUCGACCGCCCAAGCUGCGCGAGGCCAUGGCUGAGGUCCCGUUCGUCCACGGGCUCGGAUUCCCCCUGUCGGGAGCCGGCUUCUACCACCCCUCCUACAGCGUGCCCUACUCCUCUGCCCCCCUCGGGCUGAGCUAUUACCGAGGGUACCCCCCGGCCGCGGCCCUCUACCCCCACCCGCACCACCCUCAGCCCCACCCCCCUCCGCCGCACGCGCACCACUCCCCCGGGUUCCCGCCGCCCCCUCCGCCCUCGUACGUGCACCACCACCCCCCACACCUCCUGCUCAACCCGGCCAAGUUCCACAAGAAGAAGCACAAGCUUCUCAGGCAGGAGUUUCUGGGAGGGGGCAGGUCCCCCGUGCUCUACCCCGCCAUGCCCCCCGAGCUGUCGUACGGCUGGCUCCACGAGCACAAACACAAACACCGGCACAAGCACCGCGAGCGGCGGGACGAGGAGGGCGCGGCCGAGGGAGGGGCCCCCGGAGGCAGGCUGUCGGCCAGCAGGGCGAUGGCCGGAGCUGCUGGGGGGAUGAUGGACUCUCUUCGGCGCUACCGGUACGGAAAGGACCCCGCUGCCGCCGCCAACGCUUCCAAUCCGGCGACUGCCGCCGCGGCCAAUUCGCCUUCCUCUUCCUCCUCAUCCUCAGCGGAGAGGUACAAACAUAAGGACACCCCUCUGUCCUGCCUGGGACCCUCGUAUCUGUCGUCGGCCGGGGGGGUCAGGGGGCACUCGCACUUGGAGCCCUGGCUGAGGAGGGGGAGCCCCGAAUCGGACUACGCCAACCUGUCCCAGAACUCCAACCCCAACCAGGACACCUUCGCUGGGGGGCAAGCGGCGGAUGCCGCGGGGGGCUCGGACAGCGACGAAGAGGAGCCUCACACACCCCCACCGGUGUCUGCGCACUCACCCCCCGCCCACCACACCAACCUGUUCGCCACCGCCCUGAGCCGGACUGCCCCCGCGGGGGGUAGGGGCAGGAGGGGCGGGAGCACGGCCAGCGCCAGGAGCUUCGCUGGACUGAGGAGCGAUCGGCCGCCAUCCGCAGAGAGGAGAGACACCGUGGGCGUACAGACACGUGGCUCGCGCUCUAUCGCCCCCGAGUGUCUGGAGGUGGGACACCAGCACUCCCAGCUCGGGCAGCAACACCUGCACUCGCACCCGCACCCGCACUACGCAGUCCGGCAUACGCACUGCAGCCACGACACCCCCGGGGGAGGGGGCCAGGGCCCCGGGAGGCCCCACAGCCGGGAGAGGCAGGCCAGCCCCUCCGCCCGCGUCCCCCAGCCCUGCUGCCUGGACGACCCGCCCUCACCCCACCCCCACCCGCACUCCGCCGGCAGGGUCCUGUCCACCAAGCGCAGCCUGGACCACGUCAACAAGAUCCUCAAGGCCAAGAAGCUGCAGCGGCAGGCUCGCACCGGCAACAACGUGGUGAAGAGGCGCCCCGGGCGCCCCCGCAAGUACCCCCUGCCCUCCCCUCCCCCGUCCCCGUCGCCUCCGCCCCCAGACGAGCCCCCCCCUCCGCACAGGGACCGGGCGGGAGGAGGGGGGGGCGACACCGUGUGGGACGUGAUCGAGGCCGUGGUGCAGGGCGAGCUCAGGGCCGGGCGCGGCCAGAAGAGGAAGCGCUGGGCCCGCGACGGCGACGGAGAGGAGCCCGAGGGAGAGGAGGAGGAGGAGCAGGAUGAAGAGGAGGAGAGAGGAGGCGCGGCGGCAUCCCGGGCGGCGGGCAGGGCAGGCUGGCUCACUCAGGAUGAGCUGCACUGCUUUCGCAGAGCUCUGGAGGGCCAGCCUGAAGGCCCCUCCCCCCAGGAACAUUUGGGUCCAUCGGCAAUGGAACAUGCUCCGCCCCUGCCCUUGGCCAACCAAUGGGAAAAGAGAUCCGCCAGGCCACCCAAGAAGAAGUUCCAGAGGGCUGGGCUCUACUCUGAUGUCUACAAGACUGCAGAUCCUCGUAGCCAGCUCCUGCAGCUGAAGAAGGAGAGACUGGAGUACACACCAGGGGAGCACGAGUACGGCCUCUUCCCAGCACCUAUCCAUGUUGGGAAGUAUCUGAGACAGAAGCGGAUUGAUUUCCAGCUCCCCUAUGACAUCCUGUGGCAGUGGAAGCACAAUCAGCUCUACAAGAAGCCCGACGUCCCGCUCUACAAGAAAAUCAGAUCCAAUGUGUAUGUGGAUGUAAAGCCUCUCUCUGGGUAUGAGGCCACCACUUGUAACUGCAAACCGCCAGAGGACCGCUCUGACAAGGGCUGCAUCGAUGACUGCCUCAACAGGAUGAUCUUCGCCGAGUGCUCGCCCAACACGUGCCCGUGUGAGGAGCAGUGUGAGAACCAGCACAUCCAGAGGCACGAGUGGGUGCAGUGCCUGGAGCGCUUCCGCGCCGAGGGCAAAGGCUGGGGCAUCCGCACCAAGGAGCCGCUCCGCUCCGGACAGUUCAUCAUCGAGUACCUGGGGGAGGUGGUGAGCGAGCAGGAGUUCAGGAACCGCAUGAUCGAGCAGUACUACUCGCACAGUGACCACUACUGCCUGAACCUGGACAGCGGCAUGGUGAUUGACAGCUACCGCAUGGGCAACGAGGCGCGCUUCAUCAACCACAGCUGUGACCCCAACUGUGAGAUGCAGAAGUGGUCAGUGAACGGAGUGUACCGGAUCGGCCUGUUCGCUCUGAAGGACAUGGACAGCGGCACGGAGCUCACCUACGACUACAACUUCCACUCCUUCAACACCGAGAAGCAGCAAGUGUGUAAGUGUGGCUCGGAGAGCUGCCGGGGGAUCAUCGGGGGGAAGAGCCAGCGGGUCAACGGGCUGCCUGGGAAGGGGGGCGGAGCCGGGGGCGGGGCUCGCCGGCCGGGCCGGCUCAAAGAGAAGCGCAAGUCCAAACACCAGCUGAAGAAACGGGAGGAAGAGUCGAGUGACAGCGGGAAGUUCUGUCCCCACUUGCACAUGAAGCCCAUGUCCAACAGAGAGAGGAACUUUGUGCUGAAACACAGCGUGUUCCUGGUGAGGAACUGGGAGAAGAUGAGGGAGAAGCAGGAGCUGCUGAGGAGGGAUGGAGAGAGGGAGCGAGAGAGAGAGCGGGAGAGGGAGGGCAGCGGCCUGUCUCUCUACAGCCGCUGGGGCGGAGUCAUCCGAGACGACGGCAACAUCAAAUCAGACGUGUUCCUGACUCAGUUCUCGGCGCUGCAGACGUCUCGCUCGGUGCGCACACGCAGACUGGCCGCGGCCGAGGAGAACAUGGAGGUCACGCGCACCGCCCGCCUCGCACACAUCUUCAAGGAGAUCUGCGACAUGAUCAUCAGCUACAAAGAUUCAGCCAGUCAGACCCUCGCUGCCCCCCUCCUCACUCUGCCCUCCAGGAAACGGAACACGCAGUACUAUGAGAAGGUAUCAGACCCUCUGGACCUCAGCACCAUUGAAAAGCAGAUUCUCACCGGACACUACAAGACCGUGGAGGCCUUCGACACCGACAUGCUCAAAGUCUUCCGCAACGCCGAGAAGUACUACGGGCGGAAGUCGGCGGUGGGCCGGGACGUGUGCCGCCUGCGGAAGGCGUACUACGGGGCGCGGCACGAGGCCGCCGUGCAGAUGGACGAGAUCAUGGGCGAGACGGCGAGCGAGGCCGACAGCUCCGACUCGCUGGAGCGGGACGCCCAGCACCACGGCCGGCCCGGCGCCCACGACAAGGACGACGACGUCAUCCGCUGCAUCUGCGGCAUGCACAAGGACGAGGGCCUGAUGAUCCAGUGCGAGAAGUGCAUGGUGUGGCAGCACUGUGACUGCAUGCGGCUGAAGGCUGAUGUGGAGCACUACCUGUGUGAGCAGUGUGACCCUCGGCCUGUGGACAGGGAGGUGCCCAUGCUGCCCCAGCCCAGCUACGCCUCCUCCGGCUCCAUCUACUACAUCUGCCUGCUGCGGGACGACCUGCUGCUGCACCAGGGUGACUGCGUGUACCUGAUGAGGGACAGUAAGCGGACGCCGGAUGGGCAGCCUGUCAGGCAGUCAUACCGCCUGCUGUCACACGUCAACCGUGACAAACUGGACAUCUUCCGCAUCGAGAAGCUCUGGAAGAGCGACAAGGGCGAGCGCUUUGCUUUCGGACACCACUACUUCCGGCCCCACGAGACCCACCACUCGCCCUCGCGGAGAUUCUACCACAAAGAGCUUUUCCGCGUGCCGCUCUACGAGAUCAUCCCUCUGGAGGCCGUGGUUGGAAUGUGCUGUGUCCUCGACCUCUACACCUACUGCAAGGGCCGGCCGAAGGGGGUGAAGGAGCAGGACGUGUACAUCUGUGACUACCGGCUGGACAAGUCUGCGCACCUCUUCUACAAGAUCCACCGCAACCGCUUCCCCGUCUGCACCAAGCCCUUCGCCUUCAACCACUUCCCCAAGAGGCUGGCCCCCAAGAGGGACUUCUCUCCUCACUACGUCCCGGACAACUACAAGCGCAACGGGGGACGCUCGUCCUGGAAGAGCGAGCGGCCCAAGUUGGGGUGCAAGGACGGGCGGGGCGGGGCGCCGUGCGAGGAGGGCUGUUCCCCUGACGACGCCCGACUGUGUGACGGGCCGGGGGCGUCCCAGCCGGACAGCGAGGAGGGGGCCGGGGAGGGGGACAUGAUGGACGUCCUCCCGGGAGAGCCCCCGCCCCUCCUGCCCCAGCCGCCCGCCCUGCCCCCCACCCCCCAGGACCAGAGGGCCGAGGAGGAGGCGGAGGAGGAGGAGGAGGAAGAGGAGGAGGAAGAGGAGGGAGAGCCGGAGCAGGAGACCCCCCUGUCCUCCUCCCAUCACGCGGAGCUGGGGAGGAGGGAGGCGCAGAGGGAGCGGCUGAACAAGAUCCUCCUCAACCUGCUGCACCAGACGCCCAGCAAGAACGUCAUCGACGUGACCUACCUGCUGGAGGAGGGGUCUGGGCGGAGGCUGCGCAGGCGCACGCUGGGAUUCGGUGACUUCGUUGGCAGGAAGUGAUGUCACCAGCCACACCUCGCGACCCACGCAUCCCUCACCCUCCUUCUCGCGCGGCGCCAGAGAGGCUGAGAAACGAAGGAAGAGAACUAAUGCGAGAGAGAGAGAGAGAGAGAGAGAGAGGGGCAGACCAUUCUCUCCUUUCCUCUUUCCCUCUCUCCUGAGUGCUGACAGACAGACGGACGCUGGGGACAGAAGCAGAGGCGGCAGGGGCACUGGGCCAGACGUGCACACAGUGUAUGCGCAGCGGACGUGGAGACCAUGCGUCGCUAAAGAAGAGACAUUUCAAGACGGUCACGUCCAGCCGCAGGAGAGACACUCACACUACGCGGAGCGGACGCACUACAGCAGACAGACGGAGUGAGCGCCAGCCUGGACACCCGCUGGAGCGGACGUGCUGAGCACGGUGGGUGGCGGAGGUCACGCCCAGGACGGACAGACGGACGGACACACAUUCCAUCGGCCGUGCGGGAGAGAUGUUCGUAUCGGGCGUGCGGUAGCCUUCGGUAGCCUUUUGUGUUUACUCUUAUACGUGUCAUUUGUUUUUCCUGAAAUAUAUUAAAGCCAGAGAAGAGACACACGCUUAUACACACACACACAUACACAGACGUGGAGUGAAGGCGGUUUCUCAUUUAAGUGAUGCAACGGUUGUUUUAUUUAGCGUACGUUUAGCCUAAGCUCAGAUGAGUGGCUGUUGGGACGCCCGAGUGUGCUUUUCCGCUGGGCCGCAUCUCAACCAGCUUCAUAUGCAGGACGCGUGCUAGCGCCCCCACCUGGAGACAGCCUGAACUGCAGCUCCGCCCCAUUAAAAGGGGAGAGCUUUAGGAGUCCAGUCCAUUGGCCUCACUCAAACACACACAACACAGGGGCUCCUCUCCGGACGGGUCAUUACCAUUUAAUACGAUUGUAACUAACGCUUAAAAUGCGCUUCAUGUGUCUCGACACGAUACAGUGUGAGACUGGGAGGGUCUGGGAUAGUGACAGACUGUGUGGGCGUGGCCCGCAGCCUGAGAAAACUGACAAAUGAAGAGAGAGAGAGAGAGAGAGAGAAAGAGAGAGAGAGAGAGAGAGAGAGGCUGAAAAGUGCCAAGCUGUAUAUAGACUGGAAUGAAGUGAGCUUAGUCUCCAAAAGCAAUAUCUCAAAUAUGGAAUUUGUUUCUAUUGUAUUGUACAGGACCCAACUUAUGGAGCCCUACAUGUAUUAAAAACAAUUAUUAUUAUUAUUAUUAUUAUUAUUAUUAUUAUUAUUAUUAUGAUUUAUUCCCUUAUUCUUGUCUUGUUUAAGCUGGCGAAGCACAUGGGAGAAUGUUUUUUUUUUAAUUAAAUGCAACAGGCACUAUUAGCAGUGAUGAAGUGUGAGAAUUGAAAUCACGUUGCAUAUCUAUGAAUUGUAUCGAGACGAGGAGGCACAGAACAGCUCAGCCACACAGAGGAAGCUAUUGUAAUUAAGAUAUUGUAAUUAUUAUUACGACAUUAGCAGGACAGAAAGCCCCUUCUCUAUUUUGCUGCAAAGUGUUGAACACUAAAAAAACAGACCAACGUAAAAAUGUAAUAUUUUUCAGAGGUGACAGUGAAACAAAAUAAAAUCCUGUCACCAUAUAGUUCCUGGUAAGGAUUGUUUUUCUUUUUUAAAAAAACCAGAAUCCAGUUUUGUGAAAACGGUUAUCAACGCAGCUCUUGUAUUAUUUUUGUGUGUGUGUGUUUUGUGAUAUUUUUUUGUUUUCAUUUGGACUUUUUUGUUUUGUUAGACAAUCGCGAAAUGUUGGCUAUUGUAAAAUGGAGGUCUGGGCAGACAUUGCGUGUGUUUCUUCCGUUUGUCCAGUUCUCUUCCUCUCUGGUUCAAAGUUUGUAAUUAUGAUUCUAAAGUCACAACGAUGCUGUUUGUUUUUCAUUUUGUUUUUAUAUGUUUAUUAGUUUUUUUUAUAAAAAGCACUACAUUAUUGCAAAUAGAUGAUGAUUAUCAUGAUUAUUAUCAUUGCAAAUAUGAUUAUGGUUAUUAGGAUUAUUUAUCUAGUUUGCAUGAAAGCAAUGUGUCUGAGUUUUUGCUACACAAAUGCUGCUAAUAAUUUACUUUUAGGAAAAAUAAAAACAAAAAAAAAUAAUUUAUCGCCCAAAAAAUGUGGUUUUGAAUUUUGAUCUUUGUAAAAAAAUGAAUAAAAUACUGAUUUAAAAACAAGAGUUACUCCAGAUUUUACAUUUGAUGUAAUGUGUAACAUUGCUUAUCAUUUUCCUUACUAAUAUUAUUAUAGAACUGAAACAUCAGUAAAUGCAUAAUUCUACUUCUCUCUAUGGAAACUGUGUAAAAUAUUAAACUGUUUUCUUUUUUCAAAGAAA